AUGUCUGAAAACAAAGAAGAAGACCGAGCCUCGCUCGUCAACCGCCAGCUCCCAGAGAUGACACUGUCGACGGCGGAGAACCCCCUCACAGCGCCGCGCCCCCCGCCAGCAGACCUCUCCGCGCCGCAACGAGCCCAGUACAGGUUCCAGGUCAAGGGCAAUGCGAUCAUCACAGGCGGCGCAGGCACACUCGCCCUGGAAGCAGCCCAAGCCCUCCUCGAGCACGGCGCCUCGGGCCUCGCGCUCUGGGACAUGAACCCGGACCAAGCCUUCGAGAGCGUGAAGCUCCUGCACGCCAAGUUCCCCGACCGGCGCAUCAUCACCGAAGUAGUCGACGUGCGCGACGAGGCGCAAAUCGCGUCCGCAAUCGAGAGCACGGUGAAAGUGCUCGGCAGCAUCGACAUGCUGUGCUGCUUCGCGGGGGUGGUAGGCUGCACGCACGCCAUCGACAUGGCCGCCGCGGAAUGGCGACGCACGCACGACAUCAACCUAACCGGCUCGUUUCUGUGCGCGCAAGCCGCCGCGCGCCAGAUGCGCGUCCAGGGCACGGGUGGCUGCGUCGUCUUCACGGCCUCGAUAUCCGCGCACCACACAAACUACCCGCAGCCGCAGGCCGCGUACAAUAGCUCCAAGACGGCGUUGCUGUCGCUGGCGAAGAGUCUGGCUGCUGAGUGGAGCAGCUAUGGUAUCCGUGUGAACUGUUUAAGCCCCGGUUACAUGGAUACUAUAUUAAAUUUUGGUCCAGGGCUUCAGAGGGCGCGGGAUAGCUGGAAUUCGCGGAAUCCCAUGGGCAGGAUGGGCCAUCCGUGGGAACUGACGGGGCCGCUGGUUACGCUGUGUAGUAAUGCGGGGCGGUACAUAAAUGGGACGGAUAUUAUUGUCGAUGGAGGGGCUAUGGUCUUUUAAUAGUAGAUGGUGUUAUCUCGCAUGUCGUUGCGCUGCGAAAUGGAGAUGCUUUGCAAUAUGUACAUGGAUGGACGGAGUGUGUAUGAAUCCAAC